GAAGAAGAAGAAGAAGAAGAAGAAGAAGGAUGGCUCGUUGCUGUAAAUGCAGCAGACUGUACCUGGCAGAGUCUUUGAUUCAAUCCUCAGUAGGCGCUUUAUCUGGUCAGGGGUGCAGGGGUUCUGUCCUGUAACACUGGGAAAGGCAGGAAGUCUCUUUAAAGCAGCAGUGUGUAAUAUUUAAUGCCCUCUACUGUCUGUGGUGUGAAGUGCAAUUACAAGAAAAAAUUCUCUUUAUGGAAAAAAGGAGUGGGGUGAUGGUGUUGAUGAGUGUCCUCGUCUACACCGAGGGAGUCAGUCUGAAUGACCUGCUGGACCGAGCGUCACAACUCUCGGACAAACUGCACUCACUCAGCACCUCGCUCACCAAUGACCUGGACUCUCACUUCCCCUCAGUAGGAGGAAAGCUGAUGAAGCCGUCCAUGUGCCACACCUCGUCCCUGCAGAUCCCCAACGAUAAAGAUCAGGCCCUCAGAGUACCGGAGAACGAGCUCCUGUCUCUGGUUCGCUCUCUGCUCAUGGCCUGGUCAGAUCCUCUCGCUCUGCUGUCCUCUGAGGCCACCAGUCUGCCUCACCCUGAGCGCAACUCCAUCAACACCAAGACCAAAGAGCUGCAGGACCACUCCAAUAGCCUGGGGGUCGGCCUCGAGCGCCUCGUCCGCAAGAUGGGUUCAUCCCCCGAGUCUCUGUCCUCUCUUCCGUUCAACAGUAAUGACCUCGGGCAGGACAACAUCUCUCGCCUGGUCAACUUCCACUUCCUGCUGUCGUGUUUCCGCCGAGACUCACACAAGAUCGACAGUUUCCUCAAAGUGCUGCGCUGCAGAGCGGCUAAGAUGCUGCCGGAGAUGUGCUGAAGUGGGACGAGUUCUCCUCACGUUCCUCCUCAGAACCUCUCUGAGUCCAGCAGUCAGAAAUGAAGAGUUUUAUUCUCGAACGGUUUAAAAGAGUGACGCUGAACGUUUCUUAAAAAAUCUCACACAGAUCAUCAGGUCAGGUUCCUGUGUGUCUCUGCAACAAGAACUUAUUCUUCAUAAAUUAACAGAUUUGAGCUCAAGAGCAGAUCUGUGUUUGAUUAAACCAGAGGAAAAAGGAAACAGGUCAUGGAGCUCCUCCACUGAGCCUCAUGGUUUGAGUGUUAUGCAAUUUUAUUUUAUUUGCAUCUAAAAUAAUGAAUCAGAUGAAUCAAACCUUCAGAUCAUUCUUUUAACAGGGGUAUGGGGCUGUGAGGGAAUGUUUGCACUUUAUCAUAUUUAUAGAAAUACUGCAGUAGGAUCUUAAAUGAGCUUUCCUUUUCCUCAUCUUUACACAACUGCUGAACCAAAGAUGUCAAUAAACCCUGCAUCCUGAAA